AGAUCAAGUUUCACCAGUCGUGUUAGUGAGCGGCGCCGGCUUGGGAUGGUGAAGCAUUCGCAGCACUCCAACGACAGAUCCGGGCUACACUUACAAGGAGCGCGCGGAGGCCGGCUUCGCGGGGACCCGCAAAGAGGUCCUCGGGAGCGAUUGCUUCCUUCCGUUCGGGUACUGCGCCCUGUCCCUCAAGCCGCCCAAGAACCCGGUGAGCACCCCCGAAGGGUAUAUCUACGACAAGGAGCACAUCCUGGAGUUCCUCGCCAAGCAGAAGCUGGAGCUGCUGGAGGAGAAGAAGAAGUUCGAUGCCCAGGAGCACAGGAAGGCGCUGAAGGAGCACGGCGCCGAGCAGCAGGAACGGCUGAAGGAAAUCAGCGACUUUCAGGAGGUCGACCAGGGCAUCUUCUCCCGGGACUACAGCCACAAGCGCGCCCUGGAGCGGGCCGACGCGACGGUGCCCGGCGCCGACGACAGGCCAGAGAAGAAAUUGCGCGAGGGCGAGUUGCUGGUCAUAGACAAGGCCGAGAUGCGGAAGAAGAACUUCUGGGCCGCGCAGACCAUCGAAGAACGGCCCCGUCCGAGCUGAAGAAGGUGGACACCGCCAGCAGGUGUCCGAUGACCGGCAGCAAGCUGAAGUUGAAGGAUCUCGUGCCCUUAAAACUGGAGGCCACGGAUCAGAAGAUGCUCGACAGCGGAGGUGGUAGGGGUGUCUUCUGCUGCGCGGUGUCCAAGCACCCCAUCACGUUUCAGCAGGCGGUGGUGCUGAAGCCGUCCGGCGUCGUGGUGUUAGAAAGCGUUCUGAAGGACUGCGUUCUGAAGGACAUGCAGUGCCCUGUCACCGGCAAGAAGCUGAAGGGCAAGGAGGAUAUUCUCAAGCUGCAGAUGGGCAACUCGGGCUUCUCCGCCCACAACGACAUCGAGGCCAAGUCGUUCUCGCACAUCCGCAGCCACGCCGCCGACUGCCGCCGGGCGCGGUCCGGCCACCUGCCCAGCGCUGGGUUCGCUGGCCUGCGGUAAGCGGCGCGCCGCUGCACGCGCUGAGCGCUCGUGCUGCCCGCUGGCGUCGGCGGCGCGUCUCUCGCGCCGCCCUGCUUGGCGAGCAAGCGCCUGUCGAGCGAGCGCUUAAAACGUCG